GUGAAGAAAAAAUAACUCGCACUGGACCCUUGAUUACUCAUUCCGUCCAGGUACAGAAGAAGCCAACCGACCCGAGGUGCUCCGCGUCCGCUGUUCUUGUGUGGCUGCGCCAGAUUACCGGUUCAAUUCGAGCCGCAUUAUCGUGUCUCACAGGGAAUUACAGGAGUGGGAAUACGUAUUAUACGAACGUGUUUCAGUGCACUCGCGCGGGGAAAUGAUGCAUUGAGGACUCGUCUUGUCUUCCGAGCUCCAGUACACCCACCUCGAUCGGCGAGAAGCAUCACAAAUGGCUACUCUUUUGCGGAAAAUCGGUCUAAUUCGACUGCACGACCGAGACACGGAGGACCCGAAGCAUCACCACCAGGGCUCACUGAAAGGGACUAAAGGCAACCAGAAGAACAACAACAUGAAGCACUGCAACACCAGCAACGAGACCAACAACAUCCUCAGCACGCCCGAAAUCAAAGCUAGGCGCUUCGACGUGUCCGGCAAGGACAAGCCCGCUGUUAAACCGGACAAACCGAGCAAGGACGCGAAAGAGAAGCCGCAAACUGGAGGCGGCAAAGCGACGAGCGGCUCCGUGAUGCCCCCGCCGGCGGCGCACCGACAGCACUGCACCCAGGUGCGGACGCGGAGGCUGAUGAAGGAGCUGCAGGACAUCCGGCGGCUCGGAGACAGCUUCAUCACGGUGGAGCUCGCGGACGAUAACCUCUUUGACUGGAAUGUGAAGCUGCAUCAGGUGGACAAGGACUCCGCGCUGUGGCAGGACAUGAAAGAGACCAACACCGAGUACAUACUGCUGAAUGUCACCUUCCCCGACAAUUUCCCCUUCUCCCCGCCGUUCAUGCGCGUGCUGACGCCUCGGCUGGAGAACGGGUACGUGCUGGACGGCGGCGCGAUCUGCAUGGAGUUAUUAACGCCCCGCGGCUGGUCGAGCGCGUACACCGUCGAGGCCGUGAUGAGGCAGUUCGCUGCCAGUCUGGUCAAAGGACAGGUGAAUCGCGUAAAAACGCGCAACAUCCAUUCAACGCGGGUCCAUUUGGUAGUGUCUGUUACAUAUAUUGCGUGGUCGUAUCUGCAGGAAAGCAGGCAAGUCAAAGAAGGCCUUUAGUCGUAAGGAAGCCGAGGCGACCUUCAAGAGCCUUGUCAAGACUCACGAGAAGUACGGCUGGGUGUCCCCUCCCGUAUCCGACGGCUGAUGUCUGCAUCUUCGACGGCGAUCCCGACAUGGCUUUUUUCAGUUGGGUUUUCUUCUUUUUCAUCAUCAAACUUAACUACGAAAAAAAUAAAACAAGCUAGCGCAUCAUAUCCUACACAUAAACGUGGCACAUUCACCAACACUCCGUCCUUCACUCUUCUUCAUCGAUGUGCCAUGGACCGAACACUCGCUGCGACAUCACAAUUACUCAUGAGUGGGCGUCACUGCGGCUACAUGGACUCUGGAUAUGAUUGAGGCUCAAAGCAAAGUUAAAUGUGCAUCAUCUCCACUCUAUAUCCUGUCUGUGUUUUUCCCUCCAUCCAUCCCUCUUUCCUUUUUAUAGCUGACAAAGCAUUGCACUGAACAGCAUCAGACUUGCCCCCAUUUACAUGCAAAUGACUUUGUUAACACCUUAAUAGAUAAGCAGAACAUUACACUACAUUUGAGGUUCAGUUUCUCUGGUUUCCUCGUCAUUGGCUGUGCUGUUUUUCAUGGUUGGAUGCAAAUUGAUUGUAAUUUAUGUAGAGCUGUGCACUUUCUGUUCCUCUGUACGCGUGGCAAAAUAUAGACAUCAUUGUGUUGCGUGGAUGGUCAUUGAUUUCCAAUGGAGAAGAAAAACACUAGGGCUUGUUCAAACACACAACAAAUAUCAGAUUUCUUUUUUAACCACAUCCAAUUCAAUUUCUCAAAUUCAAUUGUUUUUUAAAGUCUGAACACAUUCAUACAUGGUUUGAAAUCCAAAAUGUUAAGAUCGGAAUCAUCGUUUUAGCUGAUAUUUUCUCAACUGUUUGAUAGUGAACGAUUUCACAAGUCAGCUGUUUUGGAUUCUGUAUAUACAUAAAUGCGAAAAAUGCCUCUUGGAAGUCUAGCACUGCCACAAAAUGCCAUGAUAGACUGUGUGCAGAGGCGAAAUUCCCAGUUUUCCAUCCUGUCUUUCCACACUGACAGCUGCUCUCGGUUGUUAUAUGAGAAAGUCUGGCAUCAUGCUGACGCUUCCAUCACUAAUAUGGCAAGUAGAUGCAUUGGAUAUCGACUACACAAUCUGAACAAACACACCACUUACAAAACAAUGGAUUAUCAGUCCUAAAGAUGGGAUUUGAAAAGUUGGAUUGAUAUGCGGAGUGAACAAAGAUUCAUUGCAUAUGCAGGGGUCUAAGAUUAAAAAAUGUGAACCACCUCUGUUGGUCAUUCUAAUAUUUGUUUUUGGAGAAGACCAAAAGCUCUUAAUUCGGAUGAUUUAGAUACCAGAUGGCAUUAACGAAUGUCAGUGUCCCAAUGGGAUCUCAGUAUUGGCAAGAGAGAGGCAUGUGACAGACAUACUGAUUUUUGCAAACGAGAUGUAGAGCGUUUGUCCCCAUGGAGCACUGAGUGACAGGACAGCGCCGAUCACUCAGACCUGAACCCUUGUUGGCGAACUUCAAUGCCACAUCUGAUGCCCCAAAUAUUAAUUGUGCUGAUUCGCUUCUAUGUUGGCUCAUAAAUCAAUACGCUUGUGGUUGUGGGCCUGAUUCCUCCACCUUGCACUGACUCUGCAUCACUGUGCUGAUCAAUACUAGACUAGAACAACAGGACAAAAUGGCAAACGGCCCAGGAAAUAAGAUCUCAAGACUGUAAACGUCGCUCUCGAAUCACGGAAAUCAAAGCUUAAGCUCCAUUACAGCUCCAAACCUGGACUCUGGUAGCUGGUGCCGCCACUGUUCACAAGAACCAGAUGAAGAAGGACAGAGGUGGGAAGAGAGAGAGAGAGAGAGAGAGAUGCUGAGGGGGCGACUCCUUUGUUCUGAAACCUUGAGGAAUGAGGGCGUCUCGUUUAGUUGCCUGAUUGAUGCUCCGAGAGAGCCGCAGCUCCAUGCCUUGAGGUUUAUUGACUUCUCCUUCAAAUGUCAGCGUGAAUCCGGAACGCCCCAGACUGCAUCUUGUGAGCGAUGAGAUGUAGAAGAGCUCUGUUUAUUUUAGACCCCACCCAACCCACGGGGCUCUCCACAUGGUGUGUGAAAUACAAAUGACGUGACAGCUUGCUUUGUUGACACAUUUGGCGUUUUAAAGGAAUAAUUCACGCGGAAAUUGAAAUUCUGUCAUUUUCUUACCUGUAUGGUGUUGUAUCUUUGGUGAAACGCAAACGGAACAACGCCGAAGUGUGUAUUUGAUGCUCUUUUCCCUAAUAUUGUUGAUCUUAAAAAUAGACAUUCAAGUAAAAAGUAGUGCGCUGCGCUGUCUGCUUUGUUUCAAAUUUGGUGCAUUUAAACUUCAUGAGUCAUACUUGAUGUCAGUGGUGUCAUCAAAUCAUCAACAUGAUCAGUCCUUGUUGGUUUUGGAGUAUGAAUAUGUGGAAAUGCAAAUGAGAGCUAUGGGGAAUGGGGAAAUAAUACCCCUUUUUUGGAAUUUUGGAUUUUGUUGGCCACUCAUUGUUAUAAUUAGACCAACAUUACGAUACAUUUAUGGUGCAUUUGUUGUCAUUUCGAAGCUUGACAGACAGAAUCAGUUCUCAUCAACUUUAAUUAAAUGGGAAAGAGCAGCGAUUACAUUCUUCAGAUUAUCUUCUUUUAUUGUUUUAUAAAUUUAAGUCAAAUGUCUGGAUGCAUAAACUGUGAUCGAGUUUUCAUUUUUGGGUGAAUUAUUUUUAAAUGAUACUUUAUGGUUGGAAAAAUCAGAUUUCCUUCUUGUGAGAUGCGGUUCAUAUGAUAUAUUGAGGCAUGUGCCAAAAGCUUAAUGUACAUUGUCACCAUUUCCUCGUGUGUUUUCUUGUGUGUAACUGCUGUGCUCUCAGUAGAAAGACUCUUUGCUGUCUCUGAUGAUUUCAAAUGUCACACAAGAAGCUGCUAAUUAAUAUGGCAUUUGAACAAACAAACAAAAAAAUGAUGAAGACAUUGAUGUAUAAAUGAUAAAAACAGAAAUGCUGAUGCCCUAAAGGCAGAUGGAGGGGAAACAACACUGUUGAUCCGUUAUUAAUAUUUAUUAUUUCUGUCUAGUAGCUUUUUGUGUUAUUGAUAUUAAGGUUAUCCAAUAUAAUAAAUGGUGACUGUGCAGUGCUUCAAAAAGCAAUCCAGUGGCAAGCACUACAUUUGACUGUAUACAGUGAUCAUUUUAUCUUGGUCAUUGAAAUUAAAUAAUACACAUUGUUCACCGGAGAACCUCUAAUUCAUGUUCGUAUCACGGCAGCGAUUGUAAAAACAUUUAUUGCAGAUUUCUGUGUCUGGUCGCAGAUGGUAUCUCUUAUCACGACUGAAGUGCAUUUGGUCUUCUCCAGACUUGGACAUCAUUGAAAAGUGGUCGUGCAUUUUCCUAUUAAGAGAGAGGAGAUACUGUACCAAGGACUUAUUAUUAUAACCAGUUAAAAAUAUUGAGGAAUUGGAUGUUUUCCGGUUUAAAUCAUAAUUUUGUGAUAUAGUUUAGAUCAGUAGAUUGCAGAAACUAACUAACAGAGUUAAUCGUCCAAACGAGUGAGAUGAUUCUGUUGUAUUAUAUCUGCAUGUGGUCUGUGAUUGUUAGCUAGCUAACUUGGUUUGUUUUUCUGUUUUUCAACAAAAAAAAGCAAGAAAGUUACAAAAAAGAGCAGAAGCCGCUUCUUUGUAUUUAAAUUUUUUUUGUUUUGUUUUGUUUGUUCAGUCCUCAUUUUCUUUAUUAUUGUCCUUAAAUGUCAAAUUGUGUUCUCUGAAUGUGUUUUAAUUUAUUUGUAGUUUGCCAAAAUGAAGAUUUUGAAGCAUGUUGCAGGCAUUGUCACUGAUGAUAAAAAGAGAAAGAAAAAAUAAAUGGAAAAAAUAUAAUAUAUGUACCUGAAUUGAGAGGAGUCUGGUAUAUGGAGUGAUCUCAGGCUUUCACGGGGGUGAAAGGUAAACCUACAAGACAAUGUGUUUUCUGCACUGCAUAAACAUCAUGCCAGGAUGUGGUCAGAGCAAAACCAAACAGGAAUGUGCAAUAAAGGCUGUUGGCUGAUUCCACCCUGGAACAA